ACACGAGAAAUUCUGUCAAACACUCAAUCAGCAGCAGCAGCAGCUAGCUUAGCUAACGCACAGUGACGCGAGCAUGGCGGCUUCGCUGGGACUCUGCCACGAGACGUCGUACGCCUACUCGUACCCGGCGUCGAACACCUCCUCCUCCUUGUGCUUCCCUCCUCUCAUGGCGGACCACAUCGUCGACGGCGGCGGCGGCGGCGGCUGUUCCUUUGGUGAAUUCCUGGAGCUCGGCCAUUCCGUGUACUCGCUGCCGCUUCCGCCGCCGCCGUCGCAGCCGGUGGUGGUCGCCGGCGGGAACAAUGAUCAGUAUGGCGUGUCGUCGUCGUCGUCGGCGGCGGCGACGACGAGCAGGAUCGGGUUCAGGACGAGGUCGGAGGUGGAGGUGCUGGACGACGGGUUCAAGUGGCGAAAGUACGGGAAGAAGGCGGUGAAGAGCAGCCCGAACCCGCGGAACUACUACCGGUGCUCGGCGGCGGGGUGCGGCGUCAAGAAGCGGGUGGAGCGCGACGGCGACGACCCGCGCUACGUCGUCACCACCUACGACGGCGUCCACAACCACGCGACCCCCGGCUGCGUCGGCGGCGGCGGCCACCUCCCGUACCCUACUUCCGCUGCGCCGCCGUGGAGCGUUCCGGCGGCGGCGGCCUCGCCGCCUCCCGCGCACGCGCAGGCGUGGGGGGCGCCGCUGCACGCCGCCGCGGCGGCGCACUCGUCGGAAUCGUCGUUCUGAACGCUGAAUUUACUUCUGUUUUUGUUUUUCUUGGUUGCUUGUUAGUUGUACCGCCGUUCGUGAUCGAUCGAUCGGUUCUUGUAUGCACUAGACUUACUACUUAAAAAAAAAAGAGUUAAAUCUUAACUAUAAAUCUAGACAAUCAUAUGUUUAGAACUUCAGAUUCGUCGUUAGAAUUAAUUUUUUUCUAAACGGAGUACGCCGUAUUGUUUUAGCUAUAAAAUCGUGAUGAUUUGUGCAUAA